AUGAGCGACGCCACCAGACAAAACCCAGAACAUUCAUCGGAACCGGGCGCGAUAGUUGAGCAACCCGCCGCGCCUGAUCCGGAUGCUGAGAUCCAGCCAGACUCCAACGAAGCGAGCGACGCGGACUCCACCCUGGGCGACAACGCCUCGGUCACCAGUGCAUCUUUAGCCUCGUCCAUAUACAAUUACCCUUACGAACACGGCAGACGGUACCAUGCCUAUCGUCAAGGCGAAUAUACACUGCCCAACGAUGAAAUGGAGCAAGCUCGCCUUGAUCUCCUCCACCACGUCUUUCGACUGGCCCUAGAUGGACGCCUCUUCCGCGCACCAAUCCUAGCAAGCCCCCAGCGGGUGCUCGACUUCGGCACUGGGACUGGUAUCUGGGCUGUGGAUUUUGCCGACGAAUUCCCCAUGGCCAUGGUCAUUGGUACAGACCUCAGUCCUAUUCAGCCAGAUCUGGUGCCGCCAAACGUCCGGUUCUACGUAGACGACGUCGAGAGUGACUGGGUCGAGGGAAACUCCGGGGGCGAGACCUACGACUUCAUCCACGGUCGUGCCAUGGCCGGCAGUAUCAAGGAUUGGGACAGGCUGUACCAGCAGGCAUUGCGGUCACUGACGCCAGGUGGUUGGCUGGAGAUGCAGGAGUAUGAGACGUGGCUUAAAUCGGACGACGACCCAGACCUUAGCCGAACGCCGUAUUUGAAACGGUGGCAAGACGAGGUGAACCAGGGUAGCAAGGUGUUCGGUAAGGACCUCGACGUGGCCAAAGAGCAGAGACAACGCCUGAUCAAUGCGGGUUUCAUCGACGUCCGAGACGACGUCUACAAGGUCCCCGUCGGCACGUGGCCGCGCGACCCGAAGCUCAAGACCCUGGGAAAGUACCAGCUUCCGCAGGUGUGUUCGGCCAUCGAGCCCUUUGCCUUGGGGUUCCUCACACGCUACUUGAAUUGGUCCGAGGACGAGUGUCGCGUGCUCGUGGCUCACGUUAUCAAGGAGCUGCAAAACUCACAGAACCAUCUCUACGUGAACUUCCAUUUCGUGUACGGGCGAAAACCGGGAGAGUAA